AUGUUUCGCCACUUCUUCUAUGUGCAUCUUAAUCUCUUUGUACUAUCAUUUUUGGUUUCUCAGGGCUUGGCGUUCACGCAUCCACACGAAGUGUCAGCUCUCCAGGAUCUAUAUAGGACCUUUAACUAUCCACCAGUGCUCAAAGGAUGGAAUGGUAGCGAUCCUUGUGGAGAGUCUUGGACAGGAGUUGCUUGUUCUGGGCCAUCAGUUAUACAGCUAAAACUUCAAGGAUUAAACCUCAGUGGGUAUAUUGGAAGCCUGCUAUAUAAUAUACCCAACUUGAAGCAACUUGAUGUCAGUUCAAAUAACAUAGAGGGCGAAAUACCAUUCGGUUUACCCCCCAAUGUCACAUAUAUGAAUUUAAGCCACAAUUUACUACAUGGACCCAUUGGUGAUGUAUUUACGGGUUUAGAUAAUCUCAAAGAAAUGUAUGUCCUCUAUUCCUGGUCUUACCUACCUUUGGAUAUGUACAAAAUGAAUAAGCAAUUCAACAACAAUCAAAUUUCAGGAGAUCUACCGUAUUCAUUUGGUUCCUUAAGAAACCUUGCCAGAUUGUUCCUCCAGAAUAACAGGUUCACCGGAUCAGUCGCUUACUUGGCUGAACUUCCACUGACAGAUUUGAACAUUCAAGGUAAUCUGUUUAGUGGCCUUCUUCCGCAGCAUUUUCAAUCUAUACUGAAUUUAUGGAUUGGAGAGAAUAAAUUCCAUGUGGCCGACAACUCUCCUCCCUGGACAUUUCCUCUGGAUACUGUAUCAGUUGAGCAGAACACUAGUAGCCCACCCACAACUCAGGCAAAUGCCAUAAAGAAUUAUUCUCCUCCCAGAGUAAGUGAGGCUCCUCCCGGAGUUAAUGAGGCUCAUCCCAGGGUAAAUGAGGCUCCUCCCAGAGUAAGUGAGGCUCUUCCCAGAGUACAUAUGGCUCCUGUCAGAGUAACUAAGCACAAGAAGAAACAUGUUGGUGGAGGAAUAGCAUUUAUGAUUGGUGGAGGAACACUGAUGGCCACAGGGGUGGCUCUCUUUUUUGCAAUCCGUUUUAAUAAACUUCGUGUGCAGAGCCCGAACUUGAAGAGCUCAGAAAGCAACCAUAGCUCAUUGCAUUCUUAUCCGACCAGUGCAACCAUAGGGGUAUCUUCUACCGCACUCGAGGAAAGUCCACACAUUCCUUCAUUUAAUUCUGCACCCCUUCUGGGUCCUGUGAGAUUGCCUUCCACGAACCAUAAUGAUACAGAGGAACCAUCCAGUAAAAGUUUUUCUAGAAGAGGCAGAUCCACUGGAAGAAUGAAAAUUUACACAGUGGCGGAGCUUGAGUUAGCCACUAAUUGCUUCAGUGAAGCCAACAUUCUGGGAGAGGGAUCUCUUGGCCCUGUUUAUAGAGCUAAAUUUCCGGAUGACAGAGUACAAUCUGAAUCUAUUUUGGCCGUGAAGAAGAUUAACAUCGCGGGCAUGUCUUUCAGAGAAGAGGAAAAGCUCAUGGAUGUCAUUUGCAGGGUUUCCCGACUGAAGCACCCCAACAUCGUAGCACUCAAUGGUUACUGUAUGGAGAAAGGAAAGGGUCUAUUUGUGUACGAUUAUGUUGGAAAUGUCACUCUACAUGACGCUCUUCAUAGUGAGGCAUGCAAACCUCUGUCAUGGGUUCACCGUCUCCAGAUUGCUCUAGGUGUUGCUAAGGCUCUGGAGCAUAGAUUCACUGAUCGCUUUGGUGACUAUUGGAAACAGGCUAAUGAGAUUAAUAUGGAAGAGAUGGGCUACGUUGCACCAGAUCAUGGCCAACCAGGAACCAGCAGCAGAAAGGGAGACGUAUUUGCCUUUGGGGUAUUGCUUCUCGAACUGUUAACAGGAAAGAAACCUUUCGAUAGAGUCAGGCCAAAGGAGGAGCAAUAUCUGGUGAAAUGGGCUCCGGCCAUGCUUCCUGAUAGAGAGAGUUUGGAACAGCUGGUGGAUCCCCGCAUGAAAAGAACAUUUUCAUCCAAGGCUCUUUCUCGUUAUGCUGAUAUCAUCUCCCCCUGUAUACAGCCUGUAAGGAAACUCCGUCCUGCAAUGAGCGAAGUUAUGCAGUCUCUUGAAUCUUUAUACCAAAAGUUCGACAUUGAUAAGAGCGAUGUAGCAGAUGGUACUGAAGUUGAUCCAUUUGAGAGGUCUUUCCACUCAACCAACAUAUGCUUUUUGGGUUCUCCCGCCGCAGUGAGCCAUGCAUCAACCUGA